GAAUCACGGCUCUUGAGGACUGCGAGAGACGAUGAAGAGAGGGUGAUCCCUCCAGGAGUGACCAUGAACUUCGCGGGGCACUUUCGCGACAGCAAGGAGACGGCCAAGUGGCUCAAGGCUUGGGCCAAGAAGGGAGAAUCCGAAGCUAUCGUCGCUGCAAAACUGGGAGUGUCCAGCGUCCCGCAGGCCUUGAAAAGCCAACACGAAAACUGGCAGGCGCUUGUCAACUACGCGAAAUGGCAAAAAAAGUAUUUCGCACAGCUUGGUACGGGUUACCAAAAUUUUAAAAGGACCCAGAAUGAGGUGGCGCGCUGGGCUGUUGAAGGUCGAACCGACGAGUGGGUCGCUCGAGUGCUGGGAAUGUCGAAUCUGUCGAAGGACCGGUACAAGUUUCACCGGAAUUACAAGGCGUUCGAGAUGUUUCAGAAGCAAAAGAAGGAGUUCGCGGAUUUACUCCAGAAGCACGCAGCGAGGCGGAACCUGCAGCAUGAGCAUUACUCUCGCGCACCUAUCAGCUAA